AUGUUUGACGAACACUUCAAAUCUGUGGUUGGUGGUGCAGGUGCUACUGCUCCUUUGGGUACUGCCGCUGUACCGCAGGCCUCGGCUGCUGAAGCUGCUUCGAUCGGUCCGGUAGACGUAGCCGGAGUCAGCGCUGGUGCUCCAACAGCUGGCGAGGUGCCAUCGAUCUCUGCACCCGAACAGAAAGGCGGCAAGCUUCGACGAAAGCUGGGAAGAGGUUUCUCGUCAAGGAGCAUCAUCAAGACCUCGUCCUCCACGACGUCCUCCACGGAGGCUGCGCUGGUCACCGACGGUGAUGGAACUAUUGACGAUUCGAAGAGGCGACGACGCCGUAAACAAAGGAAGCCUACGGAUCCUACACAAAAGACCAAGGGAGGGAAGAGGAAGAAAACCACGAAGAAGGGAAGCUUGGACGAUGAGUAUGCUUUCAAGGCUUCGAGCGACAUCAUCGGUAUCGUGCAGAUGGAAAUCAAGAGCGCCUGCGACUUGCCCAGAUGGAAGAAUAGUGAGCUAGCUUCCAGGUCUCCUGCUUGCGGUCAGACGAGCAUUUGCUUACGUGCGCACCGGGCCUCGGCAGGCUUGCACACCGGCUUUGAUAUGGACCCAAUGUGCAUUGUGUCCUUCUCCGACAAAAUUUUCCGAACGCGCGUGCAGCGGCACACGCUCAAUCCCGUGUGGGACGAAAAGCUGCUCUUCCAUGUUCGUCGACACGAGGCGCACUGGAAGACGAAGCUGUCCAUCUUCGACUGGGACAAGUAAGUGAAGCGAGUAAUAAGCUCAAAGUCCCAUCGCUGACAGGUCUCUUUACUCGACUUUGCUCAGACUAUCGGCACACGAUCACGUAGGAUCGACCGAGAUCAGCGUAGCGGAUCUUAUUGAAGAGGCCCCAAAGCCAGAUGUGCAGACCAAGCUGUACAAUGCCGACGUCAAUGCACUUGAACGGCCCAUGAGACGUUUCGAGCUGCCUUUGUCGAAGUCUGUAAAGGACAAAGCAGACACAAAGUCGCAAUCCCUCCUAGUGGUGGAAGCUAAAUUCACACCCUACGACGCGUUGAGGCAACGCUUCUGGAGGCAGAUGCUCCUCAACUAUGACAGCAACGACUCGAAGACGAUCAGCACCCUCGAACUGACUAGCAUGCUGGACAGCCUUGGCUCAACCCUCGGGUCGCUCACGAUUCAGGAGUUUUGGGUAAGCAUUCGCACACAUCAUGAUAAGCGCUCGAGCUGAUGAACGAUUUGCACUAUAUCGUACAGCAACAACACAACAAACGUCCCGAUGAAGACGACCUGACGUUCGACGAGGUGUGUAUGUUAUUGUGCAAGCGCAUCAUUGACACAUGCUGACAACGUCUUGAUCAACUGCCCAGGCCAUUCUAUCCUUGGAAGCCGAAGUGAACAAGACGUGGGACGAGAAGAGAACGGCGAGGUCAGAUGGAGACGUCAGCGGGCCGGCGAGCGGGACGGUCACUCCAGCAGUCGAGGUGACGGCCAACGCGCUGGACUACUCUGGCCCGAAUGCCCCGAUCGCUUCGGAGACACAACUUGCCAAGAAUGCUGGUCUAUCAAGCCUUGCAGCGGUCGAGCCAUCCGCUUCUGAAAAUGAGCCCAGCUCAAAGCGGCUCACUCCACCAGGUGCCUCAAUGCCGGGCGUCAUUGCGCGCGAUAUGAGUCAGCUAUCCUUGUCCUCGUCGGCCACAUCAAGCUCAGCGAACUCGACCUCAAGCGGCCCGCUGGCCAGCGCGCAUCGAGGUGCCUCGUCAGGAUCACCCUUUUCGCAGCAUGUAGAAGGUGCUCCGAAAGUGAACAGCCAAGUCAAGGAGCGCGUCAUCUAUUGCAAGUCAUGUCCACUCUGUCACAUGCCACGCUUAGGGAGAAAAGCAGAGGUCGACAUCAUCACACAUCUAGCUGUCUGCGCUUCGCAGGACUGGAGACGUGUCGAUUCUCUGAUGGUGUCGAACUUCGUCACUGCAUCACAAGCACAGCGCAAGUGGUACACUAAAGUCCUGACUCGCAUAAGUCAAGGUGACUACAAGCUGGGCGCGGACUCUGCUAACAUUAUCGUACAGGUGAGUUUAUCUGACGAGGUCGCUACGGGACUCUGUACUGAGCCCCUUCAUCGGUUUCCCCUGUAUAGGAUCGCGUCACCGGUGAAUUAUUGGAAGAAAAGAUGGCAGUGUACGUUCGGCUUGGUAUCAGACUGCUGUAUCGAGGUGGAAAGUCCCGCAUGGAAGGUGCUCGAGUGCGUCGCAUGCUGCACAACAUGAGCGUCAAGCAGGGCGCAAAAUUCGACGAUCCAGCGUCUGCCCGUGAAAUUCCUAGCUUCAUCGCGUUUCACAACUUGAAGAUGGACGAAGUUCUGGAGCCGUUAGAGAAGUGAGCAAUUGCGCAAGGUCUUGUCAGCGUUCGUCGGGCAGGAUCGAGCUCACACCGCUCGUUGCCAAUGCGCUCACCUCGUAUGUACCAGUUUCAAGACUUUCAACCAGUUCUUCUACCGCAAGCUCAAGCCGGAUGCCAGGCCGGUCGAAGAGCUCGAGAAUCACAAGAGGCUAGUUUCUGGUGCAGAUUGCCGCAUGCAGGCCUUUCAGUCUGUGGAAGACUCGAAGAAAUUCUGGAUCAAAGGCAAACAAUUCACGAUUCCGAACUUGCUAGGCGACCAGUGCAAAGACGCCAGCGCGUACGACAAUGGACCGCUUGCCAUCUUUCGGCUUGCGCCUCAAGAUUAUCACAGGUAUCACUCCCCUGUAGAUGCUACAGUCGGCGAGAUCACGCCGAUUCCUGGAGAGUACUAUACGGUGAGUCGGCAGAGCAAGCUCCUCAUUUGGAGGUAAGCGCCUCUGACAAGUCUGUCGCUCGCAGGUCAAUCCUCAAGCUAUUCGGUCCACCGUAGAGGUAUACUGCGCUAAUGUGCGGACCAUCGUCGAGCUUCACACGGAGGAGUUUGGUCGUGUGCUGUACGUGUGCAUCGGCGCCAUGCUGGUCGGCUCCAGUAUUCAGACUGUCAAGACUGGUGACAAAAUCAAGCGCGGCGACGAGGUGAGCAAGCCUUCGCGGUCUUUCUUUGACGACGUGCGCACUGCUGACGAUGCUCGCUCCAUUCCGGGUCUAGAUCGGAUACUUCGCUUUUGGAGGAUCAACCAUCCUACUGGUGUUCCCCAAGGGUGCUGUCGAAUUCGACAAAGAUCUGCUAGAUAAUUCCAAGCAGUCUCUGGAGACCCUCGUCCGAGUGGGAAUGGGCAUCGGUCGAGCACCACAAUAA